GCUAAUGUAUUAACAUGGCGUCAAUGGCUGCUGUUUUGACCAGGGCCGUGGGAUUUGAAAAACAUUAUGUAGAACACAACCAUGGAGACAGCUAAACAAUAAUCCGAAAUCAACUUUAGAGCUCAAAAGUAAGUUAUUACGCGCUCUUCUGUGUUGUCCAGGUCGAGGUCCUGUUUAGCUGUUUUUAAUGACUUGCUGCUGUGUGGCAACUGGGUGCCAGUAUUAUUUAUUUCCCGUUAGCUAGCUCAGCCGGACGACCGGGGGCACAGCAGCUAACGUUGGUUAGCUUACGAAGACAGCUAGGAGUCGGCUGAGCAAAGAGUCCUGAGGAAGACAACGUGAAUCGUUCCUACAGCACAGGAAACACAUUUUGGUUUUAAUGAGUUUAGGUGGCCUGCCCCCCUGGUCAUCCUCAGCGUGGUGUUGACUCCACCAGGGACAAGAGCAGCAGGGCAGGAGGGAUGGAUGAGUCCAUAAGUCCAGUAAAACCAGUCAAACAGUCUCAACCCAGAGGACCCAAAGCUUUGUCCAGUGAGAAGUCAAAUAAAGAGGCUCCUGUGCUGAAAGAGGGUACCAAGUCUGCAACCCGCAGCAAAGAACACCUCACUGCUGCUAAGGAUGAACAUAAUAUAGGCGGUCAGGGAAGCCGCGGGCCAGGCAAGACUUUCACAGACAUACCCCAGGACAAGAGAAGAGGAAGGACCCCCAGGCUGACUAGACUGACUGGAAGAACGAGUUCUGGGGAGAGGGGGAAAGGAAAAGUGGCAGGCUCACAACAGCAGCUGGUGGCACAGGCUCCUGACUCUAGGGUGUCUAUUUCUGCAGACAGCAGCCCGUCAGCAAACAGAGAGACCAGCUCUCCUGUAGUGCCUGGUACACCUGAGAAAGGCCUCAAAGUGCAGGCCAAGAGCUCCACUGUAGCUCCAGCAAAGGAGAAGUCCCAUGGGGUGAAAACUGCUGCAUUGAUGCAUCAGUCUAUUGAAGAGGUGAGGCCCACUGUGGAGGAAGGGCCCCUGACAGAGCAACAGCUGGGCCUCCGACAGGCAGAGGAGCGCCUCUAUAGAGACUACAUCCACCGACUGUUGAAACAGUCCCCUGAGUACCCAAACUAUCAAUACUUAUGCAAGCUCUGUUCUGUGCACAUCGAGAACAUUCAAGGAGCACACAAACACAUCAAGGAAAAGAGACACAAGAAGAACAUAAUGGAAAAACAGGAGGAGAAUGAGCUGCGUGCCCUGCCACCAGCCACCGCUGCCCAGCUGAGGGCUGUGGAUGCAGCGGUCCAAGAAACAGCCAGGCGGCAUGGGAUCUCAGAAGAGGACUUUGAGGUUCGGAAGGCAGUGGUCAUCAGGAUGGAAGAGAUCAUAAAGAAGCACCUCACAGCUUGUGCUCUCCGUCUCUAUGGUUCAUGUCUUACCCGAUUUGCCUUUAAGACGAGUGAUAUCAACAUUGAUGUCACCCAUCCCUCCUCAAUGACACAACCUGAGGUCUUGAUUCAAGUGCUGGAAAUCCUUAAGAACAGCUCUGAAUUUUCUGAGGUUGAGUCAGAUUUUCAUGCCAAAGUUCCUGCCGUGUUUUGUCGGGAUGUUAGCAGCGGCCUGAUGUGUAAAGUGAGUGCAGGGAAUGACGUUGCUUGUCUCACCACCAAUCACCUGGCAGCUCUGUCUAAACUGGAACCCAGAUUGAUUCCCCUGGUGCUGGCCUUCCGCUACUGGGCAAGGCUGUGUCACAUUGACUGCCAGGCUGAAGGUGGCAUCCCCUCGUACUCCUUCGCCCUCAUGGUCAUCUUCUUCCUGCAGCAGAGGAAAGAGCCCAUCCUUCCCGUCUACCUGGGCCGCUGGAUUGAAGGCUUUGAUGUGAAACGUGUGGACGAGUAUCAUCUAACUGGAAUCACGUUGGACAUGUUUGUCCGGUGGGAGCGCAGACCUCCGAGCUCCACGGAUAACCGAAACGACACCAGAGGAGAAAGCAGACCCAAACCAGAGCAGAAAAAACCUGAUGAUGCUCAUUACUCAGAAGGCAUAGUCCGCCUAACCUUGGACCAGGGUAAAAGCGUGUCGCUGGGCCAGUUGUGGUUGGAGCUCUUACGUUUCUACACACUGGAGUUUGCUCUUGAAGAGUACAUCAUAAGCAUUCGCCUAAAGGAGCUCCUCUCCAGGGAAGUAAAGAACUGGCCUCGACGCAGGCUUGCUAUUGAAGAUCCUUUUGCCUUGAAGAGGAAUGUUGCACGAAGCUUGAACAGUCAAAUGGUGUUUGAGUACAUCCAGGAGCGCUUCCGUACGGCGUACAAAUACUUUGCUUGCCCUCAGAGAAGGGGCACAGGGGGGCGCCAGAGGAGCAAGAAGGCAGGCAAGCAAGGUGAGAAGGUUGAGAAGAAGGAAGAAGACGACGGGAAAGGCGAAAAAAGUCUGAGUGCUCAGAGGGGGCACCAGGGGUUUAAGGACGACGAAGAGCCUGACAGCGAUGAUGAAGAUGGAUCAGAUCCGUCCCAAAAUAAAGAUGAGAAGACUAUAGAUGCCAGCCUCAUGGACAUGGUUCUUAAUGAGGGGAACAAAACCCCCUUCUCCCCUAACGGCCUGCUGGACAGUGACAAGGAGGGGGAGGAGGAGGAGGAGGAGGAGGAGGAGGAGGAGGAGGAAGAAAGCAGUGCUUCAGAUAAGGAUGGACCUGUUUCACCAGAGGAUCUUCACUAUGUGUUUGAUAAGAUGAUUUUCACUGGUGGGAAGCCUCCAACAGUUGUGUGCAGCAUCUGCAAGCGAGAUGGUCACCUGAAGGACGAGUGUCCUGAAGACUUUAAGAAGAUUGAGCUGAAGCCUCUGCCUCCCAUGAACGACCGCUUCAGAGAUAUCCUCGAUGGGCUCUGCAAAUUGUGCUACUAUGAACUUUCACCCACACAUGCUGAACAGCAGAAGAGGGAGCAAAUCCUCGGCAGCUUGGAGAGGUUUAUAAGAAAGGAGUACAAUGAUAAAGCUCAGCUCUGCUUGUUCGGCUCCUCUAAGAACGGCUUUGGCUUUCGCGACAGUGACCUUGACAUCUGCAUGACUCUGGAGGGCCAUGAGACUGCAGAGAGGCUGAAUUGCAAGGAGAUCAUUGAAGGCCUUGCGAAGGUGCUAAAGAAGCAUACAGGUUUGAGGAACAUUUUGCCUAUCACAACAGCUAAAGUGCCUAUUGUGAAGUUCGAACACAGACAGAGUGGUUUGGAGGGAGAUAUUAGCCUUUAUAACACCCUGGCUCAACACAACACUAGGAUGCUAGCGACGUAUGCAGCCCUGGAUCCACGUGUCCAAUACCUGGGAUACACAAUGAAGGUUUUUGCAAAGCGCUGCGACAUUGGGGAUGCGUCCAGAGGAAGCCUCUCAUCUUAUGCUUACAUCUUGAUGGUGCUUUACUUCCUGCAGCAAAGGCAGCCGCCAGUCAUUCCCGUCCUGCAGGAGAUCUUUGAUGGGAAGACUGUUCCCCAGCGGAUGGUAGAUGGCUGGAAUGCUUUCUUUUGUGAUGACCUUGAGGAUCUGCGUCGGCUUCUGUCCGAGCUGCAGCCGAACACAGAGUCAGUGGGAGAGCUGUGGUUGGGACUCCUGCGCUUCUACACUGAAGAAUUUGACUUCAAAGAGCACGUCAUCAGCAUCCGUCAAAGGAAACGCCUCACCACCUUUGAAAAACAGUGGACCAGUAAAUGCAUUGCUAUUGAAGAUCCCUUUGAUUUGAAUCAUAAUCUUGGUGCUGGAGUUUCUCGCAAAAUGACAAACUUCAUCAUGAAGGCCUUCAUAAACGGGAGAAAGUUGUUCGGGACUCCAUUCUACCCCGUCCCUGGCUCUGAAGUGGAUUACUUCUUUGACUCAAAGGUCCUGACAGACGGCGAGUUGGCGCCUAAUGACAGGUGCUGCAGGAUCUGCGGGAAGAUCGGACAUUACAUGAAGGACUGUCCAAAGAGACGCAGGAUGAAGAAGAAGGAAAACGACAAAGACGAGGACAUAAAAGAGGAGGAGCGAGAGCCCAAGGACAGACGUUGUUUCCAGUGCGGAGACAUGGGUCACGUACGGAGAGACUGUCCUGAAUACCGCCACCUCAAACAGAGGACCACCGGUGCACCAGCUGCUCACAUGGUACGAACUGUAGUGAGCUCCCAGUCCAUCCCCAUUCCUCAGACAGCUGCAGACGGUCCAGGAAGGACCAGACAGGCCUCUGAAUGUUCAGAUAGUCGGCAGACUCCGCCCUACUCCCCGCAGCCUACAGCUGUCCCUCAGAGUUCCUCCCAGUCCUCCAGUUCCCCUCAGCCCUCCCAUAUUAAGACCAGUUCUACUGGUCCCCAGAAGCAGCCUGUUCACCCCCAGGUCCCCUUGUCUCUCUUCAGCUUCCCUACCUCCCAUCCAGGCCAGUACCACCCAGGGGCGCUCACCGCAUUGGGGCUUCUUCCUUCUCACCAGCACCAGUCACACCAGUCCCAGGGGCAGCCUCAUCACCCAGUCCACAUCCCUUCCACCUCCUGGCCCAUACACGGACCAGUCCUGACUACGUCCUCCCCCAGUGCCCCCUCCCCGCCCGGCCUGAAAUUUGCCCUGCGUUCAGCGUCAGGGAACGGGAGUCCCACAGGGUCAGGGGGCAACCCCAACCCCAUGAACCUGAACGACCCCAGCAUCAUCUUCGCCCAGCCGGCGGGGAGACAACUGGGCAUGGGCGGGCCAGGACGGGAAGGACACUGGCACAACCACUUGGCACAACCUGGGUCACUCAUGGGAAAUGGCACUGUGGUCAAGUCAGAGUCAGGCCACCCAGCCCAGUUUGUAAACGCGAGCCAAGGCUCUCGGUUAUGGGAGCACAAUAAAACUCCGCAGUACACACUGUCUCCAUCCUGGCCCUACCGGAUGCCCCAGAACUUCAUCCAGCAGGGCAACGGAGGCUACCAGCCUGGCAAACCCUUCGUGGCCCAAGGGUCUGUGGUGCAUCCAAAUCCGAACUUCCCACUGGUCCCUCAUGUCCGACAUCAAGUCAACCUGAAUUUCAUCCAACAGAAGAAGUGAACUUGCAUCUCCUUUUAAUUAGAUUUAUGGUCAGUAACAUAACAAAGCAAAUUUAUGUACUCUUUGCAUCAUUUGAUCACGAGAAUUUUUAAAAAGAAUUUUUUCUCAUUUUUGUACAGUUUUUAUGUUUUAUUUUCUGUCUCAUUACAUUGAUUUGUGAUACAAAUGUCAAAUAUUUUAAUACCCCCAUUUUUGAGGGGGUCCAAAAAAGUGUUUUUAUUUUAUGUGUAAAGUAAGGAGGAAAAAUAUAAACCUUUAUUUUUAUUAGCUGUAUUCAUACUUUGCUUGCCACAAGAUGAAGGCUUUGAAUAGGCGUUUGUUUUAAAAACAAUCUAACAUGUCACCCUAAGUAAGUAGUGCCAAAAGCAGGGAUAGCAAGAAAAAAGGGAAAAAAUCUUAAACAUAAAAAAAAAAAGCUACAAAAAAAUAAAGAAAAAAGCAAACAACUUCAUGU